AUUUCUCUAAAGAAUUUGCUGGAAGCGGAUACAUGUGAAUUUUCUGUAUGAAGUCUCUCAAACAGGAUUACAUAAUAAUAUGCCUAUAUCCUCUGAGACUGUUAUUUUGAUCCUUAAAAAUGAUUAGGGUUGUAUAUGAAAUUUAACCCAUUUCUGAUGAGUGACCUAGACAUGAGCUUACAUCGGCAAAUGGGCUCUGAUCGAGACCUCCAGUCUUCUGCUUCCUCUGUGAGCUUGCCAUCGGUUAAAAAGGCACCAAAGAAAAGAAGAAUAUCAUUAGGUUCUCUUUUUCGGAGGAAAAAAGAUACGAAACGCAAGUCUAGGGAUUUAAAUGGAGGUGUUGAUGGAAUCGCAAGCAUUGAAAGCAUUCAUUCAGAAAUGUGUACAGACAAGAACUCUAUUUUCUCCACAUGUACCUCCUCGGAUAACGGAACAACCUCUAGCAGCAAACCAAGCGGAGACUUCAUGGAAUGCCCCCUGUGCCUUCUGCGGCACUCCAGGGACAGGUUCCCGGAGAUCAUGACUUGCCACCACAGGUCGUGUGUGGAUUGCCUGCGGCAGUAUCUCCGGAUAGAAAUUUCUGAGAGCAGAGUUAACAUUAGCUGUCCGGAAUGCUCGGAACGAUUUAAUCCUCAUGAUAUUCGUUUGAUAUUAAAUGAUGACGUCUUGAUGGAGAAAUAUGAAGAGUUUAUGCUUAGGCGAUGGCUGGUUGCAGAUCCUGAUUGUAGGUGGUGCCCAGCUCCAGAUUGUGGGUAUGCUGUGAUUGCUUUUGGAUGUGCCAGCUGUCCCAAACUUACGUGUGGGCGAGAAGGGUGCGGAACUGAGUUUUGCUACCACUGUAAGCAGAUUUGGCAUCCAAACCAGACCUGCGAUGCUGCUCGCCAGGAAAGAGCUCAAAGCCUGCGCCUGAGAACAAUUCGUUCUUCAUCUAUUAGUUACAGCCAGGAAUCUGGAGCAGCAGCUGAUGACAUAAAGCCAUGCCCACGCUGUGCUGCAUAUAUAAUAAAAAUGAAUGAUGGAAGCUGCAAUCAUAUGACUUGUGCUGUCUGUGGCUGUGAAUUCUGUUGGCUAUGUAUGAAAGAGAUCUCAGAUUUACAUUAUUUAAGCCCAUCAGGUUGCACAUUUUGGGGAAAGAAACCAUGGAGCCGUAAGAAGAAAAUACUGUGGCAGCUAGGGACACUUGUUGGAGCUCCUGUAGGAAUUGCCUUAAUAGCUGGCAUUGCUAUUCCUGCUAUGAUUAUUGGAAUUCCUGUGUAUGUGGGACGGAAGAUUCACAACCGAUACGAAGGCAAAGACAUUUCAAAGCACAAGCGAAACUUGGCUAUAGCAGGUGGCGUGACCUUAUCUGUAAUUGUUUCUCCAGUUGUAGCUGCAGUAACUGUAGGUAUUGGAGUUCCUAUCAUGCUGGCUUACGUGUAUGGAGUUGUCCCCAUUUCCCUCUGCAGAAGUGGAGGCUGUGGUGUGUCAGCAGGCAAUGGAAAAGGGGUCAGAAUAGAAUUUGAUGAUGAAAAUGAUAUAAAUGUUGGUGGAACAAAUGCAGCUGUAG